AAUUUACUAUCAUUUCCGUAUGAUUCAAGUAGCUAGGUAAAUUCUGCGUCUUGUAUCCGCACUUGAAAGGAUUGUUUACCAGUUUUACUCACUUAUUUUUGCGACUGCAUGAUUUACUUGGAUCUUGCAUCUAGUUUAAAGGAGGCACCUGCUCCAGUGGUGCUCUUAUGCAUUGUGAUAAAAAUUAGAUGCGAAUUUUAACCGAGGUUUAGUCUUACAUAGCUGUGACGAUGUGAGUGGCAACUUCCGCUGUAAUUCAAUUUUUCCAAGAACCUCACCAUACACUACCAACUGAUUCUUCAACUUAAAUUCAGUCCGACGAUGAUUCUGAACCCACUGCUCGUCAUAUUGAGUGUGCUCUCCGGUUUAGAAGCGUACAAAAUACUGGUUUUUUAUCCUACCCCAUCUUACAGCCAUCAGCGUGCUAUCAUCUCUUUGACCGAGAGGCUUGUUAAGGAUGGUCAUCAACUGUUUGUCAUCAGUCCCAACGUUGUUCCGGGCCUAGAGCACCACGAAAACUAUACUUUUAUUGAUGUUUCAUUCUCGUACAAAUAUUUUUCGGAAAAGGAACAAACCGAUGAGAAUGUUAAUUUACAGCGGCAGUUGUCGAAAUGGGACAUUCCGGUCGUCUUCAAGCCAUUUGCCGACAUUGCAAGGAAGCAACUGGUCAGCGAUCAGUACUUACAAUUCGAACAGCGUGUGAGGCUCGAACAGAUCAGCUUCGACCUGAUCAUCGUAGAGACGUUCUUCCUUCCGUUCGCCUGCGCCAUGUCCCGACUCUUCCCCGGAUCUCCACCGAUCAUCUCGAUGUCGACCCUGGUCGUCGACUUCUACGCGGAGGAGGCCCUGGGGAGCCCGCCACACCUGUCCUUCGUGCCAGCCGUCUUCGACGGCUUCACCGAUCGGAUGACUCUGUGGCAGAAACUGGAAAACUGGUUCUCGCACCACUACCUCAUGCACAAAUUCAGAGACGGGGUCGAAGAAUCCGUGAAGAAGUAUCUUCGGGAGACUUACGGUGAUGGCAAUGAGACUCUCGCGGAUGCCUGUUGGACCAAUGUCAGUCUGGCGAUGCUAGCGUCGAAUUCCAUGUACUUUUAUCCCAGAGCCAUGGGCCCGAAUAUUAUCGAAGUUGGGCCGCUCCAUCUCAAAACCCCUGCACCACUGCCCAAGCAUUUGCAAGAUUGGUUGGAUGGAGCAGAAAAAGGAGUAAUUUAUUUAAGUCUCGGUAGCAACAUGAAAAGCAAAUCCCUGCCUGUGGAGGUCCGGGCCAACUUUUUGAAAUUUUUCAAGCAACUUCCGUCGGGUUACAGAGUCCUGUGGAAAUGGGAGCUGGACGGAGCAAUCCCAGGCCAAUCUGAUAACAUUUUAGCACAAAAAUGGCUUCCCCAGGAUAGCGUCUUAGCUCACCCAAAAGUCAGAGUCUUUAUAACACAAGGAGGGCUACAAAGUUUCCAAGAGACAGUCCACUACGGUGUUCCUACAGUUGGUAUCCCUUGGUUCGGAGAUCAGGAAUGUAACGUUGCGAAAAUGGUUGACGCUGAAAUUGGAGUGCUACUUCCUCCCAAAGAGCUCACGUCCUAUGAGAAAAUCAAAUCAGCUAUAGAGGCAGUGCUUUAUGAUGAGAGGUAUUACAAAAACAUGAAGAGGCAUUCAGCAAUAUCUCGUGACUUCACCGCGCAGGGUAUGGAGAAGGCUGUGUUUUGGGUGGAACACGUCGCGAAGUACGGUGGAGCAUCACAUCUUAGGCCCUCGACCGCCGACGCAUCAUUUUUCCAAUAUUUUUGCUUGGAUAUUCUCUCUGUGAUAUUAGGUUUAAGUUCUCUUCUUUUAUUUGUUGUAUACUCUGUUUGUAAAUUAUUCAUAUCAAUCAUAUUCCAAACUCCCCAAAAGAAAAAGAAAACUUCUUAGUCAAAUAAAAUGAAUCUGCUUUCAGGGCAACCUUG